GACCGUAAUAUAGGGUUGUUAUUGUAAGCAAUGUCAUAAGUUAUCGUCCAGCGUUCACUGAUCGGCCGGACGCAGGGACGGACAGACAUGUCGCGAUACGCUGUGUUACUCAGUUUGGCGGUCAUUUGGAUCGGGAAUCCAGGUGAGCUCGUUAGACUGCAGAAAGGCGAGAACAUUAUAAGCUAUAAUCCCGCGCAGCUUUGCUUCUCCAACCGAAGUUUUGCGUUCGGAGUGGCCACCGCAGCCUAUCAGAUCGAAGGCGGAUGGAACGCUUCAGGCAAGAGUGAGAGCAUCUGGGACCGCUACACCCACACCCACCCGGAGUGGGUCUACGACCACGAGAAUGCCGACGUGGCCACAGAUUCCUACCACAAGGCCAAAGAAGACGUCCAAUUGAUGAGAACCCUGGGCGUUCAGUUUUACCGGUUCUCUAUCUCCUGGCCGAGGAUUCUGCCGGAAGGAUUCAAUAACAAAAUCAACGAGGAUGGCGUACGCUACUACAACGAGCUCCUCGACGAAUUGGAGGGAAACAAGAUUGGAGCCCUAGUGACCAUGUACCACUGGGACCUCCCGCAGUCUCUCCAGGAUCUCGGAGGCUGGACCAAUCCCAUCAUGGCUGACUACUUCGUUGACUAUGCCAGGGUCCUCUUCCAAACCUUUGGCGACCGCGUAAAGACCUGGUUAACCUUCAACGAACCACUGACCUUCUGCCACGACGGCUAUGGGGGUGGGGACGCGCCCGGCGGCCGCGCCAGUGGUCUUGAGGACUAUAUGUGUGCCCACAAUGUUCUGCGGGCACAUGGCAUGGUGUACAGAAUGUACAAGGAAGAGUUUGAUAAGGAUCGCCAAGGCUAUGUAGGAAUCUCUCUGGACAUGCCCUGGAUGGAGCCAGCCUCUCCUUCUGCUGCGGACAAGACUGCUGCUGAAACUGCAAGACAAUUCCUGUUUGGCUGGUUCGCGCACCCAAUAUUCUCCACCCAAGGCGACUACCCCCCAAUAAUGCGUCAACGAAUCGACGCAAUCUCCAGACGUCAGAAAUUCGCUCGUUCCCGGCUCCCUUCCUUCACUGAAGCAGAAAUCAUCAACAUACGAGGAUCGUACGACUUUCUGGGGCUCAAUCACUAUACAACUAACUUGGUGAAGCCUGGGACGGGGAAGAUCAGUUUGAAGCCGAGCUAUGACGAUGAUAUGGGAGUAAAGUUGACGGUGAACCCGAAGUGGCCGAAGAGUAAUUCUACUUGGUUGAGGGUUGUACCAUGGGGCUUCCGAAAAACCCUGAACUGGAUCAAGAACACCUACAACAACCCGCUCGUAGUCGUCACAGAGAACGGGGUAUCCCUCGAGAAAGGGUUAGACGACGCUAAAAGGGUUAACUACAUCGACAGCUACCUGCGGUCGCUGCAUGCCGCGAUUUAUAAGGACGGCUGUGAUGUGGUCGGGUACACGCAUUGGUCGUUGCUGGACAACUUUGAGUGGAUGAGAGGGUUCUCUGAGCGUUUCGGUCUAUUCGAAGUGGACUACAGGAGCCCGGACCGAACGCGGACCGCGCGCCGCUCCGCGCACUACUACGCCACCGUCGCCAAGACUGGGUGCUUGCCCGACAAGCACGACUAUAAAUAUUAAAUGUACAGAAUGCGAGACUG